AUGUAUGGGAAUGUACAUGUAAUACAGACUGUGGUUGAUCAGAGUGACAAAAAGAGACAAAUGACGCACCAAUGGGGAUGGAUGCACAUGGAUGGACAGGGACCAAGGGCAAAUGAGGCUGGUGAUUCACCACACUUCUACAAUACCUUGUAUUUCCUUUCAAAAGCUCAAGUCGAUGCUAUUGGUCAUCAUAUCCUCCGAAGUCGCAAAUCUCUGCCUAGACCGCACAAGUCCUCAGUACCCCACGAGGCAAUUGACCAAUGUGAGAGUUCUUAUGAAGCCGCCAAUGGCAAGAAGCAGAAGUCUUUGAUGGACAGCUUCAAUGACGCCAAAUGCUUGCGUUUUGCCAUGACAGCCAUGCACACAUAUGGCCACAAAUGGGCCUGCCAACUCGAAUACAAUCCUCGAAUGUGUCACGGCCUUGGCCUGUCAGAUGGCGAAGGGACCGAAAGGUUGUGGUCGAGACUUGUUCAGCUGAUAGGAAUACAGUGUUCCUCACGUCAGUGUCGACCGUGGUUACUUGAUCGACAACUAGCUGCUAUUAGACUGGAGAUGCGCACUGAUUUGGGAGAUUGGAUCAAGUGCUGGCUUAAACAUGGGAUUGAGGAGCAAGGCACAGCGGUGCAGAGUGUGCUUGAGGAAUGUGGGGUGUCCAUUGAUGAGCUGCGCAACAAAUGGACCUCCCAGAGAAAAUCCCAGUUAUCUAUUCAUGCUCCUGAUGCUGCAAAUGACACACUUGAGGCACUCGAUAGCCUCAAAUGGGGUCAUCAACGUCUCAUGGCCAAGGUUGAGGUGUUAUUUGCAUCGCUCAAUGUUCAUGAUCAGUUUCCGGAGUUGAAAGGCAUGAACCUCGACUUUUGGGAUAAAUUGAAUCGUGCAGUGGGUGGCGCACAACAGGCACUGGGCACCAAACUUCAUCAACAGAAUCGCAAGGCAAUCUCGAAGCAUCAACCGGCCUUGUUGACUGCACUCCGUAAGUUUAAUGCAUAUUGUGAGCACCUCGAGGAGCUCUAUGACCCAACCUACGGCAUCCCACUUCCAACACCACUUCCAACCAAGCUCAUCAAACUAUGCAAUGAUCAAUCUUUGUUGGAGGAUGUAUGGAUAAGCCCUUUGACAGGUGAUAUUCCUCGUUGGCUGGAGGACCAAGAUGUUCGCGACGGAAUUUGUGCAAUGUUGAAGAGAGAUAGAUGUAUAGAAGAGCAACGGUGUCUUGGGCUGGAGGCGGAUAAUCUCUGCAGGUGGUUUGGUGAUAAGCUCGCUGCAAUAGAGCUUGCCCUUUUGACACCUGGUAAUAAAAUGUUCUUUAUACCACUUCACCAGCGGCUGGAGCAUCUUCAAUAUAUUCAAACCCGUUGGACGACCUCACUUGCAUCUGCAGCGCGAUUUGCAUCUUGUGCAACAGAUGCUGUAUCCCUGGCUCAAAAGCUCUUGGGAACCUCUGGAGGGUGUCCACUUCAAUGGAUCAAUGGAUUUGCUCACUUGUACAUUGUACCUACCGAGGAUGACGAGCUUGAAGUACCCUCUGAAACCAAUCACAAUGUUUUGCUACCUGAAGAUGUCGUCCUGGUGGACAUUCUGACUGCAGGAGUCGCUGGCGGUGAAGAAGAAGAUACUGAAGCCAUCACAAUAGAUGCUGAGCUUCACUGGUGA